AUGCGCGCCGUCACCGCCACCACCACCGCCGUCCUCCACGCCGCGCGCGCGCCCUGUCGCGCGCCCUGUCGCGCGUCGUCGCCGCCGCCGCGCGCGUCGACGUCGCGUCGCGCGUUCGAGGCCGACGUCGCCGACGCCGCCCCGCGCGCGAUCUCCGCCGUCGACCCGAUCGCGGCGGCGUACGUCCCGACGCCGAUCGAUCCCGCGCUGCUUCGCGACGAGCUCGUCGUCCUCGGCGCGAUCGGCGCGAUGACGGCGUACUGGUGGCUCGUUUUGGUCCCGAGCGCGCGCGUCCGGCUGGCGAAGAAUAAAAAAUCGGGCGAACUCCGCGCCUACCUCGACGACCUCGCUCGGAGCGACGGCAAGGGAUUAGAAAAAUGGUUCUACGCCCAGUGGCUGACGAAGAUCGAUCCGGAGACGAGGUAUUUAUUGCGAGACGACGCGCCGGCGGCGGCGCGCCGCGUCGAGACGCUCGAAGACGUCGCGCGCGCGGCGCGGCGCGCGCCCAAGUUUUGGUCCGGAGAUAAUCCCGUCCUCGUCGGCACCGCGCUCACGAUCGGGCUCGCGGCGUUGUUUUCCGGCGUCGCGCCGUAG